GAAAGAGAUAUAGAAACGAGUAUAUAAAACAUAAAGUGUUGUCAAUGGAGGACUGAAAGAAAGUAGGAAUAGAGAAGAAAAGAAAAGGAAAAAGGCGGCAGAGCAUGACAAUUGUCAUGACAGUUACCAUGACAUUCUCUGACAUUGACAGAUGUCACGCUCUCCUUUUCCCUCCUUUUUCUCAUCCCGUAACCACGCUGCUUCUUCGAAUCCUCUUUUACUUACACUUUUUCUCCUUUCAAACCUCCUCAAGAACUUACUAUCACAACAAUCAUGACUGAAAUUCGCAGAAAGCUCGUC